CUCGGGAAGGGAUUUGUUUACACAUCUAUACAAGAUCGCCAGCAAGUGAUAGCGUGUGGAGCGAACGAUGGGUUGAUGAUUGCAAUUCAACCUGGGCCCAAUUUUAGCGUCAUUUCGUGACAUGGUCGUGAUUUAAAUAAUUAACCUUCCUUAGCAUCAGAACGGGAGGCCAGGAAUUAAUAAAAGGCGUUUUGUGAGCAGAUUAGCGUCGCCAGGUUUGUACGAUAGUUGUGAAUCCUGCGACAGAAGGGAUAAUAAAUAUGGGGUAUGGUAUUACUGGAGCUACCAGAGCGAUGAGCCCCCUGUAAAAUCCAUUUCAGCAAUUAGACGUUCAGCUGCUGGCUGUGUUGUGGGAGUGGAGACCCACAGUGGCACAGCGGUCAGUAUCGAGCGUGGGAAAUUAUAUAGCGCAUGUGUAUAUUACAGGUGAGGGCUGGAGCAGUAUAUAGACGACACAUUGUGUACAUAUGUACGUAUAUCUCGGUAUCGAGACUAUCCGGCCACGUCUGCCCAUUAAAACGUCCAAAACGACGCACAUAUGUUAAUAGACCAGAAGUAAAGCAGGCAGACGGAAUAGUUUUAGUGUCAAACAACGGUAGACUGAAAGGGAGCCUUCAAAAAAGCUGCCACGCCCACUUUGUCAGCGGCGAGUUCAAAGUUUCUUUUGUGGUUACGACAAAACACGCCUGGAUACGUGUAAUUUAUUGUCAUGAGCGCUAUGUGCUGGAGUCCGAUUUAGGAUCUAAUCAGGUGAGCCGGCCAACAGAGUUAUACCAGGAAGUGGACCCAGUCCUCUGGCUGCCGUGUCAUGGGGUGCCCCCGUCGCGUUGUUCAGUGUCAGCAAGCACGUGAGGGGGCCUCAAAGGCUGAUAUCAUAUUGCCACCGUCAACUCCGCCUGUUUUGUACCCACUCUAGCUACACAUGUGUAUGUAUAGGGCCGCCUUAAGAUCCAGACCAUAUAACUAAUGCGUAUGGCUUUGGCGGUUAUCAUAAGCUGGGAAAUAUCAACAAGUGACAGUGUCUAGGCCGGUGAGAGUUGUGCGGCUAAUUCCGUAUUCAGAACACACAGAAGACAGAGUACUUGAGCCCCGCCCUACCUGUCAAUCAUGAGGCUGUUCACUAUGGAGACACGUUCCCUUGGGGAAGACCCGCCUUCAAAGGCCUUCCUGGCAUUUGAAAUUGGAAAAUACACGGAAACAGACGCAGACUUCCGGUCUGUGAUGUAUUUUGACUUAGAUAAUAAGAAAGUGUCGUUCAGGUCUGCGCCUGAUCAGGACGGAGGAUUUGACGGCAAUGGUAACCGUUACUCAGAAUUCGACGUCACUAACGAUAAGACAGGCGUUGAGAGAGUGGGUCGUGGGCCGCACACCCCGGUGGAGGCUAAACUCCUAGCGCAGCAUACCGAGCUACAACCUGUGCGCUAUUCGGAAACCAUGACAGUCUCUGCGUUGCCGAAUUACGAGGAGCGUUACGUCAGCACCUGGCUGGAUGUGGAGAAUAAAAAGCGGUUCAACGAGAAAGUACAUUUUAAGCCCACCCUUGCUCCUGUCAACUAUUCCGCCUCUAUCAUCUGUUACCGUAACAGCACGAGACGCAGAUUUCUCAGCCAGGUUGAGUACGAGCCUCGUGUUAGACCUCGCACAUUUUCGGAAGCACUGUUCAUUUAUCCGAAAACAGCCCAGACAACGUACGUAUCAGUGAUGAAUUACCAUGUGGACGAGUGCAAGCGCUGGUUCAAGUCCAGUGUGGAACUCAAAGCCAAAACUUACACAACGUCACGGAUACAGCCCGAAAAACCUACCCCGCCAAGAUAUAGCGUGACUAAAACUGUUACUAAACAAUCACGCGCAGUCGACGAGACAAGUGGAUAUGUUCCACACAGCAUGACGAACGGACCAACAGACAGCCAUGGUAGACUUUCGGACAGAAAUAUGAAUGAAAGUGACUUCACGAGCCUGGAAGAUUCAGAGUGCUGAUGCCAAACUGUCCAUUUUCUUAGUAGUGGGAGAUAUUUUGAACUUCGUCCAAUCCUGCAUUGAUGUAGGGCUAUACAUGUACAUGGUGCGAUGUGGAAGAAUCAUCACUAUAAAGGGGGAUAACUCUCACUGCAUACGUUUAACCCGUACAGCAUUUGUUUUAAUCGGAGUAACUUGUACUGAGCGAUUUUCAUGGACAGUCAUAUAUUUUUUGGAUAACAGUAGGCUAAAGCUGCCGUUAGCUAAACGUAAAAUCAUUUAUUUUGUUGACUGAGUAACUUAACAGAAUCAGUUGUGCUAUGUUUCAGAACCUAGUAGUUUUAUUGUGGCGUGGAGUACAGAGUAGCCGCGAUGUGUUAUAUACAUCCGGUAUAUGUUCAUAUACUGGCCUUCUGCGGGUCCGGCUUGCUUACAUAAAGUAGCAGUAGAUAUUUUUCCAACGGAUAACUUAUAUUGUCUAAAACUUAUCAGGAAUCUCAUUUGCUGAUUUUUUGCAAAUCGUAGAAAUGUUUACUCUAUACAUGUAUGCAAAAUUAUAUUUCAAGCAAACUUUUAUAUUUUCUUUAGGAACACAAAGUGCCCUUAUUCUUUUAAAUCAUUACUCGUUUAAUACACGAAUCAUUGAACGCUA